GCCAUGGGGACCUGUCUUCUUUUUCCAUCAUGGCUAAAGAUAAGUGUGGGAAAACCUCAAAUAAAUAACUUUUAUGAAGAUUCCUUUCUCCUCUGGGGCUCUACGAUCCCUUCAGCCCAUGUAAUUUAUAUAAAUAUAAUUUUAAAUUUCUUUGUAAAGUCUGGUGGGGAGAUACCAAAAUGCCAUUGGUGGGGAAAUUUAUAAGUGGUUUUAUAGAAGUAUAUUUUAAAUGUGUGGCCACUAGAAGUAUGUUUAUGUCAUGUAGUUUGGUCAUUAGUUUUCCUAAUUAAUUAGUAUUAAAUAUUUACUGUUUUAAAGGUUUUGUUUUGUAUUUGGGUGAAGGAGUAGUUUAAUAUUUGCUUACCUACCUUGAUUCUUCUUUUUCUUCUGCAUCAUUCAUUUAUAAAUAACUAUCAAUUACUUUAACUUAUGAGUUAUGAGAAAUCACCCAAUUCAGAAUACAGAAGAUAUGACAAUAAUGUAUCUUCUUUGAAAUGUACAAUAACUAGGUUUAUACCACCAUAUACAAGUUCCUGAAGGUUUGUGGUUUAUUUUAAAGGCAAAGGUACAUCCAUUGGGGUGGAAAAAAACUAAGCAGUUACCUGAAAAUUCUAAUCUGAAAGACUGUCCUCUUUCCUCCACCUUCCAAAAUGGAGCCUAUUUUCAAUAUAUUCUAUAAAAACAACUGAGGAUAAAAAGAGUUGCUCAAUAUGACUUGAACUACUGUCCGAUUUUUUUUUUAUUAUUAUUUUCUACAGAGGAAUCAACUUAAAAACACUAGUGUAUAUACACAGUGACAAAAGACAUUUUACAGUUAAGCUCUGCUAUUAUUUUAAAAAACUGAAAAUUUAAAAAGAAAGGUUUCCUGAUUUCUUCGCAGUCUCUGCUUUGAUUGUGUGGCGGUAGAGUAGUGUUCUAGGAGAGAAAAGACUAGUAUACAGCAGUAAGAGAAUGUUGCUCACCUUGAAAUUCUAUUUUGUGAAGCUGUUUUGUAGGAUUCUUACUCCUGGAUCUUAGCUGUCUAGCAAGAGUCGGGGGUACCCACCAAAAUUCAUCCCCAUAUCUGACAGUCUUAUCUCACUAUAUGGAACUUAGCUACCACCCUGGAACAUUUUAUUCAUUUCCUCCUGACAGUUCAGCAAAGGUUCCCCACAGAAGAUACACCUCUUCAAUUAUUGUUCCUGUUCAGCACCUACUCUGCUUUAGUAUCUAUUCUGCAUGCCCCUGUGCCUUCUAGUCGGGUCUUGUUCUCCAUUACUUAAGUUUUCUUUUGGUGACACCAGGGCAGAACUCUUCAGCCACCACUAGAUCAGGAGCAUAAAUGGAAAGCUAGUCUCUGAAGAUCUUAAAGAAUCCUCUGUUCCAUUGCAUAAGUUCUUUCAUUUGGCACUGAGCACUUUGGCAUUGUUGCUUCAGCACUUUGGCAAGUAACACAAUCUCCCACCAGGGUUUAAUCCAUGGAAAGACACAGAGAGGAUAGUUGUAUCAUGUGGAGGGUGGGGGUAAUCCUAGGAAGCCUGUAAGGUAAAAGAAUAAGACAGAAGGAGGAGAGUGGCAGGGGUAUGUGAGAAGCCAGAUCCAAUUAAAUGGGGGCAGAGGGAGACUAAUGCCUAGGAGUGGUAGGAACCAUUUCCUCUCUGCAGCAAGAGAACAGCAUUACAGUUAGUUAAUCACGUUUACAUUUCAGUUAGUUAUGAACUUCAUUUCCUAUCCUAAAUUGUCAUAAUGAUGCUGUGCGCCAUAAAAAAGCUGAUGAGUUCCACUGCAGACGUGGCUGUCCUUUAGUAGUGGGCAAAGUGACUCAUGUACGGUGUUUGUAAAGAGCUGUGGGAUCCCAUUGGUAUGAAAGGCACUAUAUGAACAUAGACUGUGUUAUCCAUGGUUGCACAUUAUAGAAAAAUUUAGUUAUGUGAACUUUUUGUAUAUAUGCUAUGACUCAAGGAACCCUGAAUGCCAGCUGGCAAGGGGGUUACAAGAAUAUUCUGAUUCUAGUAGGUACAUUCUGGUUCACCAAGAAAAUCAUAUGUGGGUUUAAAUGAAAGCCAGGGGUCACACCGGUCAUUGUCAUUGUUAUGAAAUAUAUAUACAGAUGCUAUGUAAGGCGUUAUGUAUGUCUGCUGAAAAUAUGUUCUGUAUCACAGCAGAGGUGAAGAAGCAGGUUUCCUGUCAGACAAAAGAUGUUUAUUUACCUGUCUCUGUUAAAAUGUAAAUUAAGUUUUAUCUGCUUCACAAUUGGUCUUACGUUACCCAUCAGAGCUAAAUGCAGAUGAAGGAUUGUAAGAAUUUCGGAAAGGAAUGAACAGGUAUAGAAAUACAACAGAGGAAGAGAACCUUAUCUUGAUACCCUUUAAAGGUUCACUGGCUGGCGCAUAUUUUGGGAACAAAAAAGACAUCCUGUCAUCCUGCACCUAGGGAGUAAAAGUGCAGUACAUUUACACUCAUGAAAAUGGGAUCAGGGCCAGUUUUGAUUUGAAGACUCUUCAAAAGCCUAUUAUGGCUUCAUGUCCGAUUGAUCGCAAACCUUUUCAAGCGGUAUAUCAGCUUGGUGUAUUAAAAUACCAUAUAAAGGUUCAGGAGAAGAUUCAACUAAGGGAGAAGGGAGAAAAAGAAAACUGCUGCUGCAAUAAGGAAAAAUAUUACCACAUGAAUACAAAAAUCUUUAUGAGAAGGGAUGCACGUGCUGACAAAAGACCAUUAAUAGAAAAACUCUGUAAAGAUUUGAAGAACUACAGUGGUAUUUCAGAUGAUGAAAGAAAUAAGGAAACUGCAUCUGUGAAGAUAAACAAGCCCAGAAGACAGACCUGCUCCAAUGAGUGCUUCAGAAAUCAUUUCUGCAAUAGAUCUCCUUCCACUGGAGAAUCCUUCUCCAGCUAUAGAAAUGAUUGUACAGAACUUACAGAAAUCCAUACAGUGAUCAGACAGAAGAGACGAGAACUGGAAUUGUCGUCAUCCUCUGCAUUAGCUAGAGUUCAAAGAAGUCCUUUUGUGUUUUGUGAAGCUGAAGUGGAAACCUUUCUUCUUGCUUCCAGUGUAAUGCCAGGGACUGUUUUUCCAACACAUACCACGCCUUUGGAAAAUUUUGAUCCUUCAGGAAAGAGAUAUGCUGUUGCAUGUACACAGGAAGGAGAGGAGAAAAAACAAGCCUCUGGCACUUCUGGUACUAGAGGAACAAGAAAGACGACUUCAAAUACUACUCCUAGAAGAUCUGCACGGAACAGAAAACCUGAGACUAUGAGUCAGUCUCACAGCUCACCAAGAUCAAGUAAUUCUGGAUGUGAUGCCCCCAAUGACGAUAACUCAGCUAUAAAUGUUCCUUCUGCAGAAUCAGAAAAACCACUUUCAAAACGAAAGUCUAAAAGAGGAGUUAAACAGCAGGUACCUUUGGUUAAAAAGAAACUUAGAAGUUCUCUGCGUUCUGAAAAAUCAUCCAGUGAUUCAGUGGAAGAUGAUGAAGCUGUGGAAUCUGAUACACAUCCAAUAUUAGAUAAAGACCACCUGUCGGAUAUUGAAAGCAGUAACUCUUGCCUUACGCACAAAAAUAAUGCAAAAACAGAGUCUGCUAAUGGCUUAGAAAGCUGCAGUGAAAAUGUAGAGAGUGAGAAUCUUACGAGAGACUGUGACAAAGAACAGGAUACCCUAGAAAAUUCAGAUUCAGAUUCUUGUAUCCAAGAACCUCCUGUGUUAACCUUAGAGAUUCAGAAAUGUGAAAUAAAAGAUGUUAAUAAAAAUGCUACAGAUUUUGAAAGUAAAGAUGUCUGUGAAAAUAUUCCUGAACAAAUAGAACAACCAGUGGAUAGUCACAGAGAUCAAUUACUUGAGGAUUCAGUAACAUCUACAAAAGUAGAUCAGACAUUAGAUAGUCCCCAAGAUGAAUUGCCUGAGUAUCCAGAAUCUGUGGCAAAAGUAGAUCCAUCUUUAGAUAGCCCCAGAAAUGAAUUGAGUGAGCAUCCAGAAUCCAUAGAAAUUGAUGAUUCUGAGGACAAAGAACAGUCUGCAAAUUGUAACACUGAAAAUAUUGAGAACAUAAAAACUGUUCAAGAUACUGAAACAGCUGUAUUAAUAAAUGUUUCUCUAGACAUUAACAAAUUGGACCAGUCUUUAGAAGAGGAGCCCAUACCUGUAUGUGAAGAGGCCAGAACUACAGAGUUACUCAAGGUGAAUGUUGAACAAUCUAAUAAACAUUUUAAUGAGGAUAACAGUGAAAUGAUACCAAUGGAAUGUGACUCGUUUUGCAGUGACCAGACUGAAUCUCAAAUUGAACAGCCACCACUGGUUGAUAGUAUAAAACAAGAGGAGGCAAGCUCAUUGCAGCAAGAUUCCGAAAACUGUGUAUCACACUCAGGUCUUUCUGACAAAAAAGAUGAAGCUUCUUCUCAAGAAACAGAAUGCUCAACAGAAUUUAAAAAAGAUAAAAAGCCUCGAACUAGAAGGUCUAGAUUUCACUCUCCAUCAACAACUUGGUCUCCUUCCAGGAGAGAGGGUGGAAAAUCUCAGUCACCAUCUCCCAAAAGAGAGACUGUCAGGGAGGGCAGGAGGUCUCAGUCACCCGAAAGGGAAACUGCCAGGGAGGGCAGGCGAUCUUCUUCUCGGUCUCCAAAAAGAGAGACUGUCAGAGGGGGCAGGAAAACACCAUCUCGGUCUCCUAAAAGGGAGACUGACAGGGAAGGCAGAAGAUCUCUUUCUCGGUCAAGAGUUAAAGAUUCCUCUCCCAGGCAAAAAUCUAGGUCUCAAAGCAAAGACAGGGAUAGUGAGAGAGAUGGACAAAGGAGAGAUCAUGACAGAGAGAGAAGAAAUAGGAGAUGGUCAAGAUCCCGGUCACGAUCUAGAUCAAGAUCCAGAUCAAGAACAAGAAGUAAGGGUCCUUCAUUCAUUAGGAAUGAGAGAGAUGGUCACUCUCCUCGGUGGAAAGAAAGAUGGACAAAUGACAGCUGGAGAAGUCCCAGAGGAAAUGAUAGAUACAAAAGAAGUGAACAGGAGAAACAGAAUGAAAAUCUGCAAAAAGAAAAAGACCAUACAGACAAAAGUACUGAUGAGCAAUGUUCUUCUGAAAAGCAUAAGAAUGAUUGUCCAGACUGGGUAAUGGAAAGGAUAAAUUCUGUUCCCGAAACUAGGAGCAGAGAGAGAGACAAAUUUAAAGAUCCACAAUGGGAAGAAAAUAGACACGAUAAUUCAGGACAUUCUUGGAAUAAAAACUUUGGUUCAGGUUGGAUUUCAAAUCGUGGCAGAGGCAGCCGUAACAGAGGUGGCCGUGGCAGAGGCGGUUUUAUGUAUGGAGACCAGAAUGAAAACCACUGGCAAAAUAGAAAACCCCUCUCCGGAAACUCAAAUAGUUCCGGGAAUGAGACUGCAAGGUUCCCAGAACAUCAACCAUACAGGCGAAAGAGUGAACAAGAUUUUUCUUUUGAUACACCUGCUGAUAGGUCUGGGUGGACAUCUGCAUCUAGUUGGGCUGUAAGAAAGACUUUACCUGCAGAUGUACAAAACUAUUAUUCAAGAAGAGGGAGAAAUUCCUCAAGUCCACAGUCUGGAUGGAUGAGGCAAGAAGAUGAGACAUCUGAGCAAGAUCCAAACCUCAAAGACCAAACAAACCAACCAGGUGAUGGCUCUCAGCUACCAAUAAAUAUGAUGCAGCAACAAAUGAAUGUAAUGCCACAAGUGAAUGCACAACACCAGCCUAUGAAUAUCUUCCCAUAUCCAGUGGGUGUUCAUGCUCCUAUUAUGAACAUCCAACACAAUCCAUUUAAUAUUCAUCCCCCGCUGCCCUUGCAUCUCCAUACAGGAGUACCUCUCAUACAGGUAGCUGCUCCUACCAAUGUAUCUCAGGGAUUACCUCCACCUCCACCUCCACCCCCACCAUCUCAGCAAGUCAGCUACAUUGCUUCACAAACAGAUGGAAAACAAUUGCAGGGUAUUCCUAGUGCUCCUCAUGUAAGUAAUAACAUGAGUGCACCACUCUUGCCUGCUCCAACAGCAGUCCUGGGAAAUGUGGGAACAGUUCAGGGACCAAGUUCUGGUAAUGCAACAUCAUCAAGUCACAUCAAAACCUCUAAUGCUGCUGUAAAAUUUGCAGAAGGCAAAGUAAGUGUUACGGUGGAAGCCAGCGCAGAUAGCUCGAAGAAAGACCAGAAAUUAUUAAUUCAAGAAAAAGCAGCACAAGAGGUAAAACUGGCUAUUAAACCCUUCUACCAGAAUAAAGAUAUUACCAAGGAGGAGUAUAAAGAAAUUGUGCGGAAAGCAGUAGAUAAAGUUUGUCAUAGCAAGAGUGGAGAAGUCAAUUCUGCAAAAGUGGCGAAUCUAGUGAAAGCAUAUGUAGACAAAUACAAACAUUCACGGAAGAAAAAUCCAGAGGAAGCAGUCUCUGCUGAAAGAAAGAGAGAGUAAAAUGGAAAAGAACUGAAAACGAUCAAGAUUAAUCUGCAAAGUGCAAUUUCAACAUGAACCAUUAACUGAAGAUUAUACAAUUGAUUGGAAUCUGAUUUUGAUAAAAUUAUUUUUCAAUGUAGUAUAUGUUUUGUUCUAAAUAAAUAUAGAUCUAACUGCAACUUCUUUAUCCCUUUUCAAAAAAAGAUGCUUAAAAGAAAGUAAAAGGUGUAAAGGAGGGUGCAUUUUUAUUAGGAAUGUACGAUUGUGUGGAUACUAGCAGAUGUACAGCAUUUUGACUUGAAUAAUGAAGUGCGUAAAAUUAGAAACUUCUAAGUACAUUGGUUUUGGAACAGGUAUGUACAGUACAUGUAAUCAGUCAGGUUAAAGAUAUUAAAGUAAGAUUUUUCUCUUUGAUUUUCCCCUAAUUAUAAUAAAGAUAAUGUAUUCCCCUGACAAAUAUUUCUAGUGUUAACUGGACAGAUUGAUUGCAGGGGUCAGUGUGUGUAUAUAAAAAACAAAACAAAACACAUGGCUAUGUCUGAACAGAAGAACUGUUUAGAUACACACAAAAAAAAAUUAAUCAUAAACAGUAAGAUUCAGUGUCCAAUAUCAUGGGCACUGUAAUUCUAUUGUAACACCAAAUAAAAGUUAUGCUGCUUGUU